CGCCCGACCCCUAGUGUUGCUUUAUUCUCUAUUUCAUGUCGUAUUGGUUACGCUAUGGACCCUUCAGUUGUCUCGCCACACGAGCGCAGCUGACACAGUUUUUCAGACGACACGUUAUGGAGAGGAGAUAUCCAAUGCUAAACAUAUAUGAAACCAUUCAGGAUGUGCAGCACCAAAACGACCCAACGGCGGCCGGGCCGGCCACUGUUCGACUGUUUCUUCUCGCGGGAACAAUAGCAUCAGAUAAAGUUGCUGUUGACUUUGCCUCUCCUGAAGAGCUCUUGUUGGGUACUUCGGUAUCUUGUGUAUGUAUACCUCAAUACAUAGUCCCAGCAUUCGGGAGGAAAUGCACUGCUUCGCGUUGCUUCUAUAUCCCCCAUAAAAGCCCUCCAACCUUCCUCCCCUAGCUACUUGAACGACGAAAACAGCCUAGGAAUAUAUUUGUCUAAGAAACAGAACAGCAAUGUCUGUCGACGAACGAGAGGUUAACGGGCGGACGGAGGGUGAACAAAAAGUCACGGAGCAGUUGGGGAAGAUGAGGACCACUAGUGGGGGGCUCAGGAGGCAGACGUCAGAGACGGACAUGGGCAAAAAGGGCGCCAAAGUCGUCCCACCUGGAACCGCCGUCCUGCCCAACUACACCGUGGCGAUCCGAGUCACGAGUGACGAAAUCCGACGAGGCGUACGGAAGAUACAGGAGGCUGUUCUGGCACACGAACCCAACCUGGAGCCCGCUAUCAUCCCACUGUCGAACCUCCACGUUACCCUGUUGAUGUUACACCUGCGUGAGGGCCAAGUACAGGCGGCUAAGGAGGCGCUAAGACAAGCCAAGGCGCGCAUCACCCCGCAGCUACUACAGCCCGUUCAGAAGCCCGGGGAGAACACCAAAGCCGCCACGUCACCGAGAGAAGCUGGUCGGUUUCUCCUCCAGUUUAACAAGGUGGUUAUUCCCUUCGAGGGGCUGGGCACUUUCGCUGACACCACGGUAUUUGCAAAAGUCGCAGAAGGCGGUCACCUGGCCACAUUGAGGCAGAUAGCGGAGACAGUGCGCGCCUGUUUCGCGGAGAAGAACCUCUACCCGACCGACGACAACACCUUCCUACCCCACCUGACCUUGAUGAAGAUCACGGACAACAACCAGGGGAAGCUGAAGAGUAAGGGUAUCCAGAGGAUCUCACCAUCGCUGUACGAGGGGCUCCGGGAGCGGGAGUUGGGCAGUCAGUCCGUGGAGGGAUUUCAGCUGUGCUCACUCCGGAAGAAGAGACAAGCUGACGGCUACUUUCACGUGGAGGAACAGGUCAAGUUCGGGCCAGGAGGAUAAGGCACCUUUUAUUCUAUUUCUGAUAUCUAUUUUUAUUUUGUUUAGUUUCAAGGAAAAGGCAGAUAAUAUAUCAUAAGAAUAUGGGUUACAGACGUAUCGUUACAAACUCUAUACAUCCCGAGCAUACACAUAAUGCACUGCCAGAAAAAAAAAGAGUUUUUCGUGAAAUUUUAGAUUUCGUACAAUCGCUGUUAAGUUCACAAUAAAACAAGUUGUUUCUAGACAUAAUGUUACAAAGGUAACGAUUGCCGAGUUAUGCGAUGUAAUGUAAGAAAUGAAAAAGUCGACUGUGUAACGUUAACUACUUCAGUAAGGAUGCAUAUAUUGUUACAGCUGCCUUAUGGCCAUUUGUGCAUACAAUUCUAUUCUAAAAUACCAUUGUGCACAAUUCACCCUCUUGAUUGAAAGAACAUCAAUCAAUAAACCAGUCUUGUACUGACAGUACUUAUAAUCAAAGAAAAAAUACAAAACGCUAAUAAAAAUAAGUACGCACAAGUUUGUAUCAUUCAUUCUUCCGUCAGUUCCAUUCAGUGGCUUUGCAACAAACGUAUGAUGGAUUUUGUUUUUUAACCUCCUUGGUCAAGCAGACUUUCACAGAGGCUGAGGAGUUGUACCCGUUCCCAAAGUCGAUGAAAAAUGAUGGGAGACUGAUCCAACCCUCCAUUAUUUCGCCUUUUUGCAUUCAUAUGUGACCUACGUAUCCACAAAGUGAUGAGCUUUAUCAUCAUCUCUCAUCAUGUUGUCUAUAGCUAAGACCAUAAACCAUGACAACAUAGCCUUCUCGAUGGAUAAAACAAUUCCUGACGCAGGGCCUGUUUGGGUUGCACACUACUCUUCUCACGAGCGCUUCCUAGCGUCCAGAUGGGAAAUUGCAAAUGCGUGCGGAAGAUCGCCAAGCGGUUUUCACACAAAUAAACUUCACCUUCUUGUCCCAUCCUCCGCUUGAGGGUCGGGGACUAUGGUGGCAUCCAGCUGUCUUCCGCCGUAGCUUUGCAGUCUGCAUGUGGCUUGAAUCUAGCCUCCUUCGUUCAUUAUUAUUUUGGGGAGGGGCGUAAUCUCCAAGCAUCCGGAUCCAACGAUAGCAUA